GGAUCCCUACAAUUCAUAUCCGACCCGGCCCCGGCUCGACCCAUUAACCGGCGGUUCCUUACGAUUCGUGGAUUGAGCUCUGAAACACGAUGGAAAGAACAAAUAAUUGUUUUGCCUUUCUCUGCUAUUGAAAAGUGAAAACAGAAUAAAAAGUGAUUUGGAGAAGCAAAAUUGCGCCUGCAGGUACAGCAUCUUUUGUCAACUUGAACUUUAUUAGGUUAAAGUUUCUACUUGGAAGUUGCUCUUGUAAUGGAUAUAAUCUCUCAGCUACAAGAACAAGUUAAUUCGAUUGCAAAUUUAGCUUUUAAUACCGUUGGGACAUUGCAAAGGGACGCACCUCCUAACCGGCUCUCACCAAAUUACCCUGAACCACCACCUGCACAGCCUACGGAGGAUGGGGCAAACUUUUCUGAAGAACCAAAGCUGAUGAGUGCUUCUUUGGUGAAAGCUGCUAAGCAGUUUGAUGCAUUGGUUGCAUCGCUUCCAAUAUCUGAGACAGGUGAAGAGGUACAGCUUAAGCGGAUUGCAGAACUUCAAGCUGAAAAUGAUGCAAUAGGUCAAGAACUUCAGAAGCAAUUGGAAGCUGCGGAGAAAGAAUUAAAUCAAGUUCAAGAGUUGUAUAGCCAAGCAACAGAUAAUUGUUUGAACUUGAAGAAACCAGAUAUCAGUUAGUUGUUUUUACUUGAAGAAACCAGAUAUCAGUUAGUUGUUUGCUGGCAUAGCUCGGAAAAGAAUCACAAAUAUGAGCUUAUCUCAUCUCGACUCAAACCAGGGCCUGCUGCUGAAAGAUGUUACUUUUUAGCAUGAAGUCUUUAUUAUGAGAAAUAUUAUACGCUUUCAUGUAUUGUAAAUUGGUCAUGUUGCCAUGGCAUUUUGUAGAAACCUGUAAAGAUAAUGAUGGUAAUUGCUCUCCCCGUAAGGAAAACUUAUUACGGUUAGCCAUUUAUUAUAAAGGGAAAGUUAUCUUUGAUAUUUUA